AAAUCAAAAAAUAGCUCUGGACUGAUGUGAGACUGUCUGCAUAUUGUUUACAGGAUAUUUCAGAGCUGGGCAAUAUUUACUGUGUCUGAGCGGCUGAGGCAGUAGUAGUUGGUGCCACGGUGCAGAGGCAGCAAAAACAAAAGCCAUGUGAGGUAGGGCUUCACAGCUGAAGCCGUUGGCACAGCCUGCUGGGAAGGACAGUCGUGUUUGGCAGAGGCUGGCCUUGGAAGCUGUUUCGUCUUUGCAGAGUUAUGAAGGCUGAAGAAGACCCUGAAGAUGGAGAAGACGUGACCAGCAAUCCGAGUUAAGCGGAGGGCAGCCAGGAUGAGCGCCGGAGGGCAGCGAGACUCUAGAUGACCAAGGGUGGUUACCUUGGACUCUCUGGCGGCCUCCCUCCCUCCCUAUAGCUGCAUGUUUGAUACAUCGCUUGCUCUCAGCUGCAAGGACCUGGGAAGUCUAGGAUGAGUUGCCUGUUUUCCUGUGCCCUUAAAAACACAUUGACUGCAGACUGGAACAAAUACGAUGACCGAUUGAUGAAAGCAGCUGAAAGGGGCGACGUGGAGAAGAUCUCGUCUGUCCUCACCAAAAAGGGAGUGAACCCCACCAAGCUAGAUGUGGAAGGGAGAUCUGCAUUUCACGUUGUAGCAUCCAAAGGAAACCUUGACUGUUUGAACGCCAUUCUCAUACAUGGGGUUGACAUUGUGGCUACCGAUGCAGCAGGAAGGAAUGCUCUACACCUGGCUGCAAAGUAUGGGCACGCACUCUGUCUGCAAAAACUGUUGCAGUACAACUGCCCAACAGAAAAUGUGGAUCUACAGGGUCGUACUGCCCUUCAUGAUGCAGCAAUGUCAGAUUGUUCCUCCAGCAUACAAUUGCUGUGUGACCAUGGAGCCUUGGUGAACGCCAGAGAUGCAGAUGGAAGGACCCCGCUGGUGCUGGCCACUCAGAUGUGCCGUCCAACCAUCUGUCAACUUCUUCUUGACAGAGGGGCUGAUGUCAAUGCAAGAGACAAACAGAACCGGACCUCUCUGAUGUUGGGCUGUGAAUACGGCUGCAAGGAUGCUGUGGAAGUUUUGCUCAAAAAUGGCGCAGAUGUCUGUUUGGUCGAUGCCCUUGGCCAUGACUGCUCUUACUAUGCACGGAUUGGGGACAACGUUGAAAUCUUGGCUUUGAUCAAGGCUGCUGUGGAGGACUCCAGCAAAGCAAGUUAUGAAGUUAUGAAGAAAGGGCAGCCACUCCCAAAGGUGGCCAGCAUGCGGCCAAAGUGGACUCAGCCUAACAUCUCUGAAGAAGCCAGCUUUAAGCCGUGCCAGAGGGAGCAAUGGAAUGUGCAGGACUUGGAAAGAGAGAACGAAGACUUGAAAGGCAGGCUUAGGGAGAUCCAGCAGGAACACCGAAUCCUACUAGACAGAAUAGGUGGGCUGCAGCUACAGCUGAAUGAGGAGCAAAUGAUUGCUGAUGAUCUUGAAAGUGAGAAGGCUGAGCUCAGGAAGCUUCUGACAGCAAAAGAAAAGCAGCAAGAGGAGAGCCUGCGAAUGCUUGAAGCUCUGAAGUUGAAGCUGAGGUUCUAUGAGAGUGACCAUGCAGCAUCUGGAAGCAGUUUUAGUAACAGGAAGGAAGAUGCUCUGCUAAAGCAGGAUUCGGUGUAUUCUGCAGAACCACAGGUGCCUGGUCCCAUGCCCAGUAACCUCCAGAGCCGGUCCAUGGUGAGACCGCUGGAGCUUCUGAGUCCAAGCCUCUCUUCGGCCCCUGAGGUGGAAGUGCUGAAGCGAGAACUGAGCAGCAUGAGGAGCUGUUAUGAGGCGGCAAGAGGAGAUGUCAGCAAGCUUCAGCUGGAGCUUUCCCACAAAGCUGCAGAAUGCAAAGCCCUGGCCUCUGAGUGUGAGCGGACCAAGUGCGAGUCCGACCAGCAGAUAAAACAGCUGGAAGAUGCACUGAAGGAUGUCCAGAAGAGGAUGUUUGACUCAGAAGGCAAGGUGAAGCAGAUGCAGACGCACUUCCUGGCCCUGAAGGAUCACCUGACAAAUGAAGUGGCUCUGGGCAACAGUAAGGUCGCUGAGGAGCUGAAGGAUCAGUUGAAGGAUGUGAAGGCCAAAUAUGAGGGUGCCUCUGCCGAAGUGUGCAAGCUGCGAAACCAGCUGAAGCAGAAUGAGCUCUUAGUGGAAGAGUUCAGGAGAGAUGAAACACAGUUGGUAGAAGAAAACAAAAAGAUGCAGAAGGAACUUGGCAUGUUGAAGUUGGAGCGGGAGAAGAAGGAGAGGAGGGUCUUGGAGGCAGAAGGCCAGCUGAAGGAGACGGCAGCAAAGAUGACUGACCAGUAUGAAAAGAUGAGGAGCUCGCUCUCCAGUGAAGUUGACGAAAAGGCCUGGAAGUUAGCAGAGAUGGAGAAAGAGCGUGAGAAACUGUUGGCGGAGAGUCAGCGUCUGAGGGCAGAACUGGAGAGCCAGAGAGUGCAGUUUUCACAGUACGUGAGGCCGGAGGAGCACAAACAUAUGCAAAGCAGGUAUGAGCAAAGAAGCAGAGAGCUGGAGAGAGCACAGGCAGGACUGAAGCAGGCAAAUCAGGCCUUGCAGAAGGAGCUGGAGAGGGCUCAGGAGGAUAACAGUGUGCUGAAGCAGCAGGUCAAUACGCUCAGGAAUGAGAUGGACAGCCAGUUUGUGCCUCUGAGGGUCAGUGAAGAGAUGAAGAAAGCCAAUGAUGUCACAAUUGGGGAGCUGAACAAAAAGCUCAUGGAAAUCACCGAAAAGUAUCACAAGUGCAAAGGAGAAGCAGAGAAGCUGCUGGCAGAGAAGGUCUCCUUGAGGGACACUGUGGGUCACCUUCAGGCCGCUUAUGUUCCUCCUGAGAAGCACGAGAAGGAAACGGGGGCCUUGAAAUCCACCGUGGCUGACUUGAAAAGGCAGCUCACUGAGCUGGGCCAAAAACAUGAGGAGGAGCAAGCCAAGGCAACAGAACUUGUGUCCAAAAACGCAGCUCUUCAAGUGGUCCUGAAAGAGCAAUAUGUGCCAGUUGAAACAUAUGAGGAGACCAAGACGGCAUUAAACAGCACACUGGAAAAAACGAGUCAAGAGCUGUCUGACUUGAAGGAAAAAAUGGAAGGUGUCAAACAGGAGUUUUUGAAAGUAAAUGAAGAGAAUGGGGCGUUGAAAAGGAAGCUGAGAGUCUUGCAGAACCAAAUGCAAGGUGAAUAUAUAAGCACACAAGAUCAUAACAGUCAGGUUGCUGCUCUGAAUAAAAGCCUCCAAGAACUCCAGGAAAACAGUUCUGAAAUGCUCACAAAAUAUAAGCAGAAGCAAGAGGAGGUUGCACAGUUACAUGCCGAGAUUGAAGCACAGAAACAAGAGCUUGACAUGAUCCAAGAAUGCAUCAAGUCCAAGUAUGCCCCACUGGCCAGUUUGGAAGAGAAGGAGCGCGGCUUUGAGGCCACCAUGAAAGAGCUGAGGAGCCAGCUGGCAGAACGGGGGGAGCAGCUGGCAGAAAAGGAGGAAGAAAUCAAGAAAUGGUGUCAGGAGAACGAGAAGCUAAGGGCUGGCCUCCUGGCCAUCCAAGACGAUCUUCAGCAGAACUACAUCCUGGCAGAGAAGUCUCACAAAACAGAGCGGAUGUUUGCCAGCAAGAUGGAGGACUUGAACAAGCAGCUGAGGGAGCUGCAACAAAAGUUUGCAGAGAUCAAGUCUGAGAAGGAGAGGCUCCAGGAAGAGAGUGCCAAGCAGCGCUCCGAAGCCCUGGAAAUCCAGAGCCGCCUUCAGGGCCAGUAUGUGCCAGUGGAGCAGGUAGAAGCCUUCAAGAGGGAGCUCAACGCUACCAUCGAGGGGCUGCGGGGAGAGAUGGCCAGCCAGGCAGCCAGCCACCAGCAAGAGCUCCAGAGAUCCGGAGAGCUGCAGCAGGAGCUGGCUCACCUCAGGGACACCUCAGUGCCCUUGGCAGAACACACACGGAUCAAAGAAGGGCUGGAGAGAGAAGUGGCAAGCAUGAGGGCCAGCUUGGGAGAGAAGGAGGAAGAGAGCCAAGCCAAGGGAGAGGAGGUCUCCAAGCUGCAGUCGGAAAUCCAAAGCACAAAACAGGCACUGAGGGAGCUGGAAGACAGGGAAGAGGCUGAGAGGUUGAAGCACAAGAUGUUGAGCCUCAAGCUAGAAGGCCAGGUCAGCAGCAUGGCUGAGAAGCUGGCUGCACUGAGUGCUAAGUCCGAAGGGAUGUGCGAGAAGGCCAUGCAGGUGGAGACGGAUGAGUUGUUGGCGGAAGAAGAGAAGGAGCAGCCCCAGCAGCUGAGGAGUUUCAGCAUCGAGCAGGAAAUCAAGGACCAGAAAGAGCGAUGCGACAAGUCCCUGAGCACCAUUGUGGAGCUGCAGAAAAGGAUCCAGGAGUCUGCCAAGCAGGUGGAAGCAAAAGACAACAAGAUUACUGAGCUACUCAAUGAUGUGGAGCGGCUAAAACAGGCCCUUAAUGGUCUCUCUCAGCUUACCUGCAACAGUGGCAUCCCUGCAAAGAGGCAGAACCAGCAGAUUGAAGUCCUCCAGGGCCAAGUGAAGACCCUACAGCAGCAGCUGGCUGAUGCUGAGCGGCAGCACCAGGAAGUCAUUUCCAUCUAUCGAACACACCUCCUCAGUGCUGUCCAGGGUCAUAUGGAUGAAGACGUUCAAGCGGCCUUACUCCAGAUCAUCCGUAUGCGCCAGGGCCUCGUUUGCUAAUGAGCAAUCAGACUCAUAAGACUGCCCUCUCAUGUAGCAGGUUUGCAGGACUUUGUAUAUGUUAAGAUUUGCAGAUACAAUUGGAAAAAAACCACUCUCCCCUUCCUGCUUCAGUCCAGAAUGUGUAAGAAAUAUAUUUACACAGGCCCAUUUUUAAGAGAGCAAAGGGACCCGUUGUUUGCCCACAAAGCUUGUGAUCUGAAAGGUAGAAAGUCUGUUUUUUAUUUAUUGGUGGUCAAAAUGAUGACAAAAGCAAAGGUCUUCUGAAUGUCGGAUUGACAACAGUAAAAUGAUGGAACAAAGGCCGGCCGUUUUGGGCCCUGCCCAGUCCAGGCAAGGCCUUGCUCCCACCUCACUGCAGAACACAAAAGAGGAACGGGGCCUGAGGCUGAAACCCAAUCACUGCGGCCUGACUCUUAUCCCGGUACUGCUUUUCAGAAUGGAAUUUAAAAAAAUAGAUGGGCAUUUUCAGGGAGCGUGUCAGAUGGGUUGUAUUUAUCACUGUGUUGGGCAGACACAGUCCCACAAAGGCUGCUGGCAUUAAACACUACGUUGUUGUGGCUUGGCUGGCCAAGUUGCAGCUUUUAAGGAAUUUUAAGGAAUGGUGCCUUUUUAAUUGCUGUUUUCAGAGAGAAAAUAGCAAAGCCCAUGAGACACUCACUUGUUGUUCUUUUUGUACAAGAGAUUUUUUUUCUCCCUCACCAAUUCUUUGUUACUGAUUUACUCAUAGUUUCGGAGACAGCAGGACUGGGAUGCACUGUGAAUGAAAAGCUUUUUCUUUAUCUCCAAACGCAGCGGCUGGACAUUUCUUUUAGAUAAAUCUUUUUUUGUGUUUUUUGUUUUUUAAGGGGGGGAACCCUUUUACUGAGAUAUAUAUAUAUAGAUAUAUAUAUAUAGUAGCAGCUGGAAUGAUGUCAGAAAUAAACACUGUGAGUAAGUGCAGAAGCAAAAGAAAAGAAGCUCCCAGACCUCCUGGUCCCAUAAAUGCUUAUCUGUUGUGCUUUUGGCCCAGCUGCAUAUGGAAAGGCUGGGGGUAAACAGGGAUGGAGGGAGAAGAAGCAGUACUUACAUGGCUCUAUCUGAAACUAGUGCUUUCAGUGAGGAGAGCAGCAUCCCUUCGGAAAGAUGACCACUGGCAGCUCUGGUUCAUAGCUGGAAGUGACUGUGAUGGAUGCCAUGGUUUCUCCAUGGAUGAUGGGCAGCUCCUCUUCCAAGUUGGACUUGUAACCCACCCAUCCACUGUCUCUGCCUGGCUUCCUUCCCCACUCCACCUUCACUGCAGUUUAUUCUUGGCAGUGACAGUGCAGGGCAGGAGAAAGAGUUUGUUGGAGCAGAAUGGUGCUCCGGGAGAAAAUGAUGCUCCAGGUGGCACUUGGGCCAUGGAUUUCUUCUCCUUCCUCUUCUGGGAUGUCCCAAAUGGCCCCAAUUGGUUCAUAGACCACUUGAGGAACCUCCUCGUGAGCUAGAUUUUGACUGGAUUUAACAACAGCUUCUCCUCCUUCAGUUCCGGAUACUAUGUUUUGUAAAUGAUGUACUAUACUCCACUAUGGUAGGCUGUUAUUUAUUCAAGAACAGGCCUAGAUAGGGUGAAAGAAUUAACUUGGCUUAAUGUGUAUGUGAACAAGCAGUGCAAAGGUUGAUAGCUACUGGAUUUCUUUUCUUUCUUUUUUACUUCCUUUAAAGACGUAAAUGUGCAAUAAUCCCAAAGGCAGAAACCACCCAACGCAGGGUUUCUGGAAAGAAAAUGAAAAACCUUAAGUGGGAAUAGUAAAUAGGUUCCGCAUGAGGCGUUUGCCCAUUUUGGUGUGCGGAGUGGUGCUUGCCCUGUGACUUCAUCCCCUGUCCAGAUGCCUGGAGGCACUUGUGGCUCCACCUGUCCAUGCUCAAGUGGGCACUCUUAGGUAUCGAUGGGAUCUGCACCCUGACCUCUGUCCCCACCUUACCUCUGCUCCUUGGAAGGGGAGUUGGUGCCACACAUGCGCAGGCCAAGAACUGGCAAUUGUCAGGCCCCUGAGCAAAAUGAAGCACAAAUGUCUUAACUUCCCACUUGGCACAUCCGUAACAACGCCUCCUGUCUAGCGAUGGGGUCUUGUCUUCACAGGAGUGGAGCUGGUAAUCUCCAGUCCCAAGGGAGGGCCCAUAUUGAAGGCUGGGGUGGGUGGUGGGCAACAAGGGAAGAGGGCUUCCCAAGGGCUGCGAGGGGCUUCCGUGAAUGCAUCCCAUUGCUCCCUCCCUGGAUAAAAGGGAUGCAUGCAAAGCCCGGUUCACCAAGUGCUCUUUUUUGCUAUUUGCAGCUGAUUUUGUAUAACUGGACAGCAACUGACUGGUUUUUUUUUAAUAUAUACUAAUACUGGAAGUAUUGUAACUUUCCAUUUUGUGUACUUUUAUUCUCCCACACUACAUAUUAGUAAAGUUUUAUUGUGUUA